UCUCCCUUCCAUCUGGGUCCUGUUGGUUUCGGACGGGAGGAGAGCAGAAGGGGGGCAGUCAUUUAUGCAGUGAGGGCGAGGGAGAGAAGUGCUGUGGCCACUCACACUCCACAUUCACAGCUAGGUACCAGGGGCAAGGCUGGUAUAGUGGAGCCCAGGAGAGGAGCUAACAAGGAGAAGACCAUCCAGAUCAGCACUUGGCAGCAGGAGCCCAGAGCCAAAGUGCAGGGUGAUCCCAAAGUGAGGAGACAAGCAGGGGGCACUGCAAGUGCCGGGAACUUUUCUCUCCUGACUGCUGCGGAUCCCGGGAGCGUACAGUGCUGGAGGGCGCCAUCACCUGUAGAAGUGUCACUCCUCUCUGAGGAGCAGGGGACCUCGUCCUAGGGACAGCAGGGCAUAUCAUGGCUUGGAAACCUCUGCUAGUCCUGACUGUGCUGCUGGGGAUUCUUGUGCCCACAUGCCGGGCUCAUAUAUACACCAACCACUGGGCUGUGAGGAUAAAAGGGGGAGCCCAGGAAGCCGACAGGAUAGCUAGCAAGUAUGGAUACCUCAACAUGGGAAAGAUUGGGUCACUCCAGGAUUAUUACCACUUUUAUCACAGUAAAACUAUAAAGAGGUCGGUCUUAUCUAGCCAAGGAACGCACAACUUCAUCUCAAUGGAACCAAAGGUGGAGUGGAUAGAACAGCAGGUUGUUAAAAGGAGGACGAAAAGGGAUUAUAAAGUUAGUAAUAUUCCUUCUGCCUAUUUCAACGAUCCCAAGUGGCCAAGCAUGUGGUACAUUCACUGCAGUGAGAAUGCCCACCACUGUCAGUCAGACAUGAACAUCGUAGGAGCCUGGAAACGAGGAUACACUGGAAAAAAUGUGGUUGUUACUAUUCUAGAUGACGGCAUUGAAAGGAAUCAUCCUGACCUGAUGCAGAAUUAUGAUCCUUUGGCCAGCACUGAUAUCAAUGGCAAUGACUAUGAUCCUAUGCCUCGCUACGAUGCCAGCAAUGAAAACAAGCAUGGAACGCGUUGUGCCGGAGAAGUUGCUGCCACUGCGAACAAUUCACAUUGUACAGUCGGAAUAGCUUUUAAUGCAAGGAUUGGAGGAGUUCGCAUGUUGGAUGGUGAUGUAACAGAUAUGGUAGAAGCCAAAUCCCUUAGUCUAAAUCCACAACAUGUACAUAUCUACAGUGCAAGCUGGGGUCCUGAUGAUGAUGGCAAAACAGUGGAUGGACCGGCAUCUCUUGCCCGUGAUGCCUUUGAGAAUGGCAUCAGAACAGGGAGAAGAGGUUAUGGUUCCAUUUUUGUCUGGGCAUCUGGCAAUGGUGGCAGAAGUCGAGAUCACUGCUCGUGUGAUGGCUAUACCAAUAGUAUCUAUACAAUCUCGAUCAGCAGUACAACAGAGAGUGGCAAGAAGCCAUGGUAUCUAGAAGAGUGUGCCUCAACCCUGGCUACAACAUACAGCAGCGGUGAAUCCUACGACAGAAAAGUGAUCACCACAGAUCUUCGGCAGCGUUGUACAGACAGUCACACUGGAACUUCAGCGUCAGCUCCUAUGGCUGCUGGAAUCAUAGCCCUUGCACUAGAAGCAAACCCAACCUUGACUUGGAGAGAUGUACAGCAUAUUAUUGUGAAGACGUCUCGCCAAAGACACUUAAACGCACCUGACUGGAAGACAAAUGCUGCAGGCCACAAGGUGAGUCACCUAUAUGGAUUCGGCUUGAUGGAUGCUGAAGCCAUGGUGAUAGAAGCAGACAAAUGGAACACGGUCCCUGCACAGCACAUUUGUGUUGAAAACACAGACCGCCAGAUCAAGACGAUCCGUCCAGACAAUGUAGUACGCUCAGUGUAUAAAGCCACAGGAUGUGCUGACAACGCCAACCACCAUGUCAUUUACCUGGAACACGUGGUCGUACGCAUCACGAUUACACAUCCACGCAGAGGAGACCUGGCUAUCUAUCUGACCUCUCCUUCAGGCACCAGAUCCCAACUGUUGGCUAACAGGCUAUUUGACCAUUCCAUGGAAGGAUUUAAGAACUGGGAGUUUAUGACAACACACUGUUGGGGGGAAAAGGCCUCAGGAGACUGGAUACUGGAGAUUUAUGAUACCCCAUCCCAACUGAGGAACUUCAAGACACCAGGAAAAUUGAAGGAAUGGUCCUUAGUAUUGUAUGGUACUUCCAUUCAGCCAUAUUCCCAUAGAAGUGACGGUCAUAAAGUAGGACGCUCUAGCCCUAUUGACGAGCCAUCGGAGGAAUACAAUAUUGAUGACUAUACAGGUCCUUGUGACGCUGAAUGCAGUGAUGUGCGCUGUGACGGACCAGGACCCCAUCACUGCAAUGACUGUCUACAUUAUUAUUACAAAGCUAAAAACAACACAAGGAUUUGUGUAUCGGAAUGUCCCUCAGGCCACUACUUUGCCGAAAAGAAGAGGUGUAAAAAAUGUUUCCCAAACUGUGAAACUUGCGUAGGAAGUCGUAGUGACCAGUGCACCUCUUGUAAACCUGGCUACUACUUAAAUGAAGAGACCAACAGCUGCACCACCAACUGCCCAGAUGGCUUCUACUUGAAUGAAAAUAAGAAACUCUGUCGAAAAUGCCACGAGAACUGUAAGACGUGCACUUCUGCUGACAAUUGUACGGAAUGCAGACAUGGCCUGAGUUUGCAGGGAUCCCGGUGUCUCAUCAGUUGUGAGGAUGGAAAAUACUACAGCAUGGUGAAGAAGGAGUGUGAACCGUGUCACAGAUCCUGUGCCACAUGCUCAGGUGCAGGAAUAGAUAAUUGUAUAAACUGCGCUAAAGAAAUGUUCUUUGAAGAUGGACGUUGUGUCACGUUGUGUGGCUCCCAGUAUUAUAUAGCACCACCCAAAGCAAAUGGGUUUAAAACCUGUAAAAGAUGUGAUGGCAGCUGUUUAUCAUGUUCUGGGCCUGGAGACAGAAACUGUACUACUUGUCCAGAUGGCUAUCUACUACAAGGCAACACCUGUUCGGUUGGAACGGUCUGUAAAGAUGGUCAGUACAAUGAAAAUAUUAUACACUGCAUGCCCUGUGAUGCUUCCUGCUAUAAAUGCACUGGUCCUGGUAGGCAAAAGUGCAUUGGCUGCUCUAUUACCCGAUUCCUGGAUGAUGGGCAAUGUGUAUUAACCUGUCCUGUUGGAAAAUAUGAAUUGAACAGACUAUGUCAUUUAUGCCACCAUACUUGUCUUACGUGCAAUGACAGCCAACCUGAUGCAUGUACAUCGUGUGGCAUUGAUAAAUUUGGGAGAACACGCUAUUUGUAUGAAGGGGAAUGCAGAGAAGGCUGCCCAGAGACAUAUUACAUUGAAGACAAUAGAUGUGUGCCAUGCCCUGAAAACUGUCAAUCCUGCAAAAGCAGCAAGCAAUGUGACAAGUGUUUGAAAGGUUUCUCUUCUGUGAAUGGUGUCUGCCAAAAGCUGAACUGUCCUGAAGGAGAGGUAGAGGAUCCAGACAGUGAAGAAUGUGUUUCUUGUGCAAUGGGAUGCAAACAAUGCUCUGCAGAUGAUCCUGACCUGUGUUCUUCCUGCUUUGCCAAUUAUUAUAUGUUUGAGAAUUCCUGCCACGCAGUCUGUCCAGAUAACACAUACAGCAGAGACGCCAUAAUGAUUUGCUUGCCUUGUGAACCUACGUGCCUCAGUUGUGUUGAAGAUGAAUGCAUAGUUUGUAAGAAAGGUUUCUAUCUUAAAGAUGGGGUUUGUGUCACUGACUGUGGUCUUGGAUUCUACGCUGAUGAUGUAGAUAGAGAGUGCGAUUCCUGUUUUAGAACAUGUGACGUGUGUACUGGACCAGCCUAUGAUGAAUGUACCACCUGCAAACCAAACUUCCAAUUUCAGAAUGGAAAAUGUGUGAGUUCCUCUGGGCACUACAUUAGGGGGCCUCCAGGAUCCUACUGGAACGAAUAUGAAAAAGCGUAUCAGCCCUGUGAUGACACUUGUCUGACUUGCAAUACAUCAUCUAUUACUUGCACCUCAUGUCGUUCAGGGAAAUAUCUUCAUGAAGAGGAUUGUAUUUCUUCAUGUCCUAAAGGAACAUUCAACAAUAUAAAAGACAGGCGAUGUGAGAAGUGUACAGAAGAUUGUGAAAUGUGCACUGAAAACAAUGAAUGUCUCAAGUGUACGCAUGACUACCUACAUGAUGGGAGAUGUUAUAAGAAGUGCCCAGAAGGUUUCUUUGGCCAGGGACAAGGAUGUACAGAAUGCGAUGAGGACUGCAGAUCAUGUGACAGAUCUGCAGAUUACUGCUUGUCAUGCCACGCACCUAAAAUAUUACAGCAAGCCACAUGUAUAAGCACCUGCCCUGUCAAGUUCAUAGAAAUGAAUGGCAUCUGCAAACACUGUCCUCCUGACUGUCUGUCAUGUGUGAAUGAAGAAAUCUGUGCAGCUUGCAUGCCUGAUUAUUUUCUUCAUAAAGACAAAUGUCUUAGCUUAUGUCCUGAUGGAUUUUAUGGUGAAGAUGGCAACUGUGUGUAUUGUGAUCCUGUUUGUGCAAAAUGCAGUGGACCUGAUCAUGAUGACUGUGAGAAAUGUGCCAGUCCUAAGUUUUUCCUCUAUAAUGGUGAAUGUCUUGGAAGAUGUCCACAAGGAACCUUCAGUGUGACGGCGGAAAAACAUUGUCAUGACUGUGACCCCAGUUGCGAGACUUGCCAUACCUGGGACAUUUGUGAUGAAUGUAAAGAAGGUUUUUCUAAAAACAGACAGGGCGACUGUGUUCCAUAUAAAGUGUGCACAACUCACGAAUAUCCAGAUGAAUACGGGGAGUGUGUACAAUGUCAUAGGAAAUGCUCAAGGUGCAUGGGAGCCACUGAACAUCACUGCCUGAGCUGCAAAGAAAACUCGUUCCUUCUGAAUACCACCUGUGUGGACACCUGUCCUGAUGGAUACUAUGCAGACGAUGAUGAAAGGCGUUGUGUCACCUGCCAUAGAAGCUGUAAGACUUGCACUGGGAAGCGGAGCAUAAACUGCCUGACUUGUAAAGAGGGAUUAUAUGUGCAGGGCCACAGCUGUGUGCAACAAUGUACCACAGGAUAUUUUGCAGAUAACUCCACUACCUCAUGUCAGAAGUGUCACAUGACUUGCAACGAAUGUCAAGGGCCAGACUCUUCCGAUUGCCUAUCCUGCCACAACAUCUUUUUCCUCAUGAGAGCUAAAAAACAGUGUCACAGUUCCUGUCCUGAAUUCUACUAUGAGGACCAUGCACAGAAAGCUUGCGAAAGAUGCCAUCCAACCUGCAGAACCUGCAGUGGUUCCGGCGCUCUUUCCUGCACAUCCUGUGUAUCCAGUUACCAACUCUCAGGGAACAUUUGUAACUCUGAGUGCUUUGCUGGAGAGUUCAAGCUCACACAGGAUCCUGAUGCAGUGUGUGAGAAAUGCCAUGAAAGCUGCAUAGAAUGUAAGGGGCCUGGACCAAACAAUUGUACUGUGUGCCCAGCAAGCUUCUCGGUUUAUGUAGAUGAAGGAAGGUGUGUGCAUUGCUGUGGUGCCAAACCAGAACAUACAGGAGAAUGCUGUGACUGCAGUGAAACUCUGGAGGAAUGUAUCCUGAUAACAGGACUCUUGGAAAAAAAAUCUGAUCACAAAAAGGCGGCUUUGUCAGUGGCAAUAUCCAUUCUGCUGGUGCUUACUAUAUUAGCAGUCCUAUUCAUUUGGCGACGGGCCCGUGCAAAAUCUUUGUCUAUCAACAAAGGCGGGUAUGAGAAGUUGCCAGACCAAACAAAAUCCUUCCAGUCUUUCAAAAGUACUAGAGAAAGUACCUCCAGCUUCCAGCAGGACCAUGUGAUUGAAUACAAGGAUCGUGAUGAGGAGGAAGAUGAUGAUGACGAUGAAGAUAUUGUUUAUAUGGGUCAGGAUGGGACAGUAUAUAGGAAAUUUAAAUAUGGACUUCUAGAAGAUGAUGAUGAUGAGGAUUUAGAGUAUGAUGAUGAGAGUUACUCAUUUAGAUAAUUUAUGUAACUAUUCACAACACUGAAACAAUGUAAGGACUAAGGGGGGCAGAAAUGGGGGGUUAUAUAGUCAUUGUUAAAGGCAUAUAUAAUUCCUUUGGACUACAAAUUAAACUAUACUUGAGCUGGACGGUUUGGCCUAAAAAUAAAAUCUCUUUUUUCCUUGUUCUAUUCAUUAAUAUAUAGUGGUCAUCAGUACUGUCCCUUGUGUACUGUGUGUCAACAUUCUUUCCUGCACACGGGACAGAUAUGCUGCAGAUUUUCUGAAGCAGCUUUGCUCAGGUGUAUACAACAGUAGAAGCAAACUGGUUAACAUUUAAAGAUAUCUCAUCCACACACUAAAGAAUAUUUUUGCACAGAAAUUGACCGGUGCACAGAGUUUGAAGCAUGACAAUUUAUAUUACAGAUAUGUUUUGGAUUUACCCAUAAACUUCAAAGGUGGAGCCAAAAUAUGCAAUAAAUCCAUAACAACAUGAUUUGAAUCGGAUAUGUCACUGCACAAAAUCCACAGCAUGUCUGUCACACACCUUUGCAGAUGCCUAUAUAGGGGAUUGGAAGACAGGCUUUAGGGACAUUGGACACAACAUAAAGUUUGGGCCUUACUUCAGAGUGAAAAUGAAGUCACCAGUGAUGACAUAUCCCUGCAUGUGGCAAAGCCACGCGCUCUAGAGGUCACACUGAUAGGGAGAAGGAGAUAAUAGGGAAGAUAAGGGAUAAAUAAUAUACAGAAGACACAAAAUAGGGUACUACACAGGGGCAGUAAUACAGGGGACAGAUUAAUGUUUCCAUACGGUGGCAGUCAAUAUAUAUACUGCAUGGUCAGUUUCCCAAACGUAAUGUACACAUUUUUGUGCUUGUGCAAGUCUUGGCCAGCUAGUAAAUGUGAUUACACUAUUCUUUAUGUAUGCAAAUCCCGGUCCUAGAUCCCUAUGAUACUGUUUGGUGACAUGGACUUGGGAUUGGGCUGGGACACAGGCACAAAAAAAGCGUGUUACAAUGGAAUGAGAGCCACCAGUUUUUUGUUGUUGUUUCCAGUAACGUUUUCUGGGUAAUGAGAUUUGUUGUUUAAAUUGGAAAAGUCUGCAUCUAACCUUGAUUUCCAUAUACAGCAGCUAUAUUUUGCCAACUCUAAAUAUGGCAUGCGAUCAAAAGCCUAAACGUUGUAUUCUUUACCUCCCGACCCUAAACAUUGUUUCAUUUGUGACAUUUUCUUCAUACCCUUCUUGUAUUUUCUUCUUCUUUGAACAUCAUUUACUAAAACUAUCUGUGAAAAAAGGCAUUGUUGGUUUUGUUAAAAUUGUGAAAUACAUAUGGCAUAUCUCCAAACUAAGGAUGGUGUAACAAUAUAAAAAAAAAUUAAAUAAAAAAAAGUUCCAAUGCUUUUCAUUCAUCACAAAGUUUC